GAGAGAGACAAGCUACAGACCAGUUACAACAACCUGACUGAAGAGAGAGACGAGCUACAGACCAGUUACAACACCCUGACUAAAAAGAGAGACCAGCUACAGAAUAGUCUCGCAACCAAAAUUAAGGAGAAAGACCAGUUGCAGAAUACUCUCAACACAAUAACUCAGGAAAGAGAUCAACUGCAGAAUAGUCUUAAUACAAAAACAAAGGAGAGAAACCAGCUACAGAAUAGCCUAAAUACCAGGACCACAGAGAGAGACCAGCUACAGAAUAGCCUAAAUACCAGGACCACAGAGAGAGACCAGCUACAAAAUAGUCUCACCACAAGGACCAAAGACAGGGACAAGCAACAAAAUAGUCUUAAAGUCAUGACUGCUGAAAGGGAUCAAUUAAAGAAGAAUCUUAACUCAAGGACUAAAGAGAGAGACCAGUUACAGAAUAGUCUUAAUACCAAAACUAAGGACAGAGACCAGUUGCGGAAUACUCUCACCACAAUAACUCGGGAGAGAGACCAGUUGCAGAAUAGUCUAAAUAACAGGACCAUAGAGAGAGACCAGUUACAGAAUCAUCUCAAUACCACAACCACUGAAAUGGACAAGUUGAAGAAGAGUGUGGAGAAUAGAACUAUGGAGCGUGACCAGCUACAGAAGGAGAGGGAAAGGCUGAACUGUAAUAUCACAGGGUCCUGUCCUGAAGGAUGGAGAAGGUUUGGCUGCAGCUGUUACUACCUCUCUACUGAGAGGAAAUCCUGGGAGGAGAGUAGCCAGGACUGUCUGGAGAGAGGAGCAGAUCUGGUGAUCAUUAACAGUGAAGAGGAACAGACAUUCAUCAAUGGGUUUGAAUCAGUCACUUUUGCCUGGAUUGGUCUUACUGACUCUGUUACUGAGGGGACCUGGAAAUGGGUGGACGGCACCCCACUGACCACCCCAAGCUAUUGGGGGAGAAGACAUCCUAAUGCUGGUACAUACCAUAACUGUGGGUUUCACUAUUACGUAUCAUCAGGCCAUGGAGUAUGGUGGAGUUUUGAUUGUUCCUCUUCACAACAGUGGAUCUGUGAGAAAUAGGCUUCUCUUAGGCGGGACUACCACAUCACGUGGCGAUGAACAACCAAUCAUGACCGACUCAUGUCUGCUACACAAGCUGACACACAAUCAUUUAUUCAUGUGUCAAACAAUGAUGUGUAGAAUAUAGAUAUCAUUCAAUAGCCGCUGUCAAUCAAUUACUGUUAAGUUCUACAUUUCUAAAUACAUUUAAAAUGACUGUAUAUGUUUAUUAGUUAUACAGUAUGUCUGCUUCUUGUGCUUUUAUCAUUCCGUACUUAAACAACGUGUACUUCCUGCUUAUUCAAUAAAUCAUUUCAUCUUUAUUAAAGACAUUUCUUGUCU